AUGGGGAGUCCAACAAAAGGAGUUCAGAAUUUGACAAGCGAUGGGAUGGAGCUGGAGGGAGUGGUUUUUAAUGAAAGGGGAGGUGAGAAGGAAAUAGAGUCUGAGGAGGAGUUUGAGAAUUUGACGGAUGAGGAAGAAGAGAAUAAGGACGUUGUGGGGGCCAAGGAGACGGAAGAGGACAAUUUGGGAACUGAUACGGCUGAGGAGUUGGAGGUCAUGGUGGCAGAUGCAGCUAAGAAGGGGGGUGUGCGUAAACCGAUUGUUUCCACAACUGUGGGAGGACCUAUGACCAAGAAGUUUGCGCAGGUUCUUCUGUCCCCCCGCAAGCGUCAGCAACUCAAACCCAUAGGUAGCCGUAAGGGAGGAGGGUCUAAACCAGGAGAAAUGAGGAAUGGGGUCAUCACAAAACCAAACUUAAAAUAG